AUGAGACGUUGUUGUUUCCAAAUAAAAAUAUUUAUUCCAAAUAUUUUCCCUGAGGAGGACGGCAGGCAGUUGACGUUGGCGAGAGAGCGUGGCGUCAGCGACGGCAACGCAGGCGUCGGUGUCUCUCGGCGUGAGAGACGUGUUUCUUCCUCGAAGGCUGGCGAGUUUUUGGGAAUAUGGUACGUGGUUGAAUACUAUGCAAGUUCUGAGGAAGCUCUUGCCUACAAGUGCAUGAAGGGAGAACUUUCAGUGUCUUCUGAAAAUGACGAAGUAACUACCCAAUGGGAAAUGCCAGUGUUGUGCCGAUGUUCACCACUGGCUUAGU